GCGCCGGGUUUUCCGCCCUGCUGGCGGAGGGCGGCGCGCUCCGGGUUUUGGGCGCGCUCCGCGCUCCGCGUUUUCCGGCGCGCCCAGCGGCGGCUCCCGCUCCGGCUCCGCGCUCCGGGUGCGCCGCGGCGCCGCGUCCCCGCGGAGGCGAGCGGAGCCCGGCGCGCGGCGGCCGCGUCCCCCGCGAGGCGGACCCCGGCGCGGCCUGCGCGGAGCGCGGCCCAGCGGCGCGGCGCGGCGCGGCGGCAUGGCGGCCCCGGCGCCCGGCCCCUAGCUGGCGGCGGAGGCGGCGCCGCGAGCCGCGCGGCUCCAUGGAGGAGACUUAGGGCAGCCCGGGACGGGAGCGGAGCCGGCAGCGAUGCCGUCACCUGGGCAGACCCCGACCGCUGGAAGCCUGAGGACAUAGGUGCAGCUGCUGCUGUGGACCCGAAGGGUGUGGAGGCAAGGAAGAGCCUUGAACCGUGAGGGGGCCGUUAACUCUAAGAUGUCCUUGAGCAGCGGAGCUUCCGGAGGGAAAGGAAUUGAUGCGAACCCAGUUGAGACGUACGACAGUGGGGAUGAAUGGGACAUUGGAGUAGGGAAUCUCAUCAUUGACCUGGACGCUGAUUUGGAGAAGGAUCAGCAGAAAUUGGAAAUGUCGGGCUCCAAAGAGGUGGGGCUCCCAGCACCCAACGCGGUAGCUACCCUGCCUGAUAACAUCAAGUUUGUGAGCCCAGUGCCAGGCCCACAGGGCAAGGAGGGCAAGUCCAAGUCGAAAAGGAGCAAGAGUAGCAAGGACAGUGGCAAGCCAACCCCAGGGACCUCCUUGUUCACUCCCAGUGAGGGAGCUGGUGGCAAGAAGGAGGCUCAAGGACGCUCUGGGGACAGCGCGAACUCUGGUGGCUUGGUGCCUGCUGUCACCCCGAAGGGCUCGGAGAAAUCGGCCAAGGCAUCUCGCAGCGUGGCUGGCUCCAAGAAAGAGAAGGAGGGCAGUUCAUCCAAAAGCAAGAAGGAAAGGAGUGAGGGUGCGGUGGCUCCAUCGGAGAAGGAGCCCAACGUGCUGCAGCCCCUUGCCCUGGCUGUGAGGGUGGGACAGUAUGAUGGGGGCCAGGGGACAGAGCCUGCUGCUGCUGAGCAGCUUGGGAGUAUAGCUAUUGACACAGGAGCUGCACUCAAUCCCUUGGGAGUUAAGUCGGAACUGGAGGAUGGGGAAAGUGAGUGCCGGCAGCUGAAAAAGGUCAAAUCGGAGAAGAUGGAGUCUCCGGUCUCGACGCCUGCAGUGUUGCCCUUGCACCUCCUCGUCCCUGUUGUCAACAACGACAUCUCGUCGCCUUGUGAGCAGAUCAUGGUACGCACCCGUUCUGUGGGAGUGAAUACCUGUGAUGUGGCACUGGCCACCGAGCCGGAGUGUCUGGGCCCUUGUGAGCCUGGGACCAGCGUGAACCUGGAAGGCAUUGUCUGGCAAGAGACGGAGGAUGGUAUGCUGGUGGUCAACGUGACCUGGAGGAACAAAACGUACGUGGGGACGCUGCUCGACUGUACGCAGCACGACUGGGCACCUCCCCGGUUCUGUGACUCUCCCACCAGCGACCUUGAGAUGCGCAACGGCCGGGGCAGGGGCAAGCGCAUGCGCCCCAACAGCAACACGCCCGUGAACGAGACCGCCACGGCUUCGGACAGCAAAGGGACCAGCAACAGCAGCAAGACCCGGGCGGGAGCCAACAGCAAAGGGCGCCGGGGAAGCCAGAACUCCUCGGACCACCGCACGCCGCCCAGCGGCACCACCGAGGACGUCAAGGCCAGCCCCUCCUCCGUGACCAAGCGGAAAAGCAAGCCCCUCUCGGACAUGGAGCUGAACUCCAGCUCGGAGGACUCGAAGGGCAGCAAACGCAUCCGCACUAAUUCGAUGGGCUCGGCAGCCGUGCCCCCAGCUACGGUCAAGGUGGAGCCGGCUGUCCUGGACCGAAAUUGCCCCUCUCCCAUCCUCAUUGACUGUCCCCACCCAAACUGUAACAAGAAGUACAAGCACAUCAAUGGGCUCAAGUACCACCAGGCCCACGCACACACGGAUGAUGACAGCAAGCUGGAGGCGGAUGUGGACAGUGAGUAUGGCGAGGAGCCCUCCCUGCACUCGGACAUUGGGAGCUGCAACGGUGCUGCCGUCUCUCAGAAGGGCUCGCUCUCGCCGGCUCGCUCGGCCACCCCGAAAGUCCGCUUGAUGGAGCCCCACAGUCCCUCCCCAUCUAGUAAGUUCAGCACCAAGGUCCCCUGCAAGAAGAAGCUGGGUGGAGAAGGAGACACCGACCCUGGUGCCCUGUCCAACGACGGCUCUGAGGAUGGUCCCUCGGUGGCCGAUGAGACGAGUAACGAUGGCUUUGACUCACUGGAGAAGAGGUGUGUUGAUAAGGACAAGUCCAAGAAGGCAUCUACUGCUAAGCCGGAGAAGAUCCCUUCCAAAAGCUUGAAGUCUGCCAGACCCAUUGCCCCAGCCAUCCCCCCGCAGCCAAUUUACACCUUCCAGACAGCCACCUUCACUGCAGCCAGCCCCGGUUCCUCCACAGGCCUCACCACCACUGUGGUCCAGACCAUGCCCAACAGCCCUCAGCUCAAGCCCAUCCAGCCAAAGCCUACGGUAAUGGGAGAGCCCUUCACAGUCAACCCUGCCCUGACCCCUUCCAAGGAGAAGAAGAAAAAGGACAAGAAGAAGAAGGAGCCCAAGGAAGUAGAAAACCCUCUGACUCCUGGGAAAGUCUGCAGAGCGGAAGAAGGCAAGAGCCCUUUCCGGGGGGAAUCCAGCGAUCUCGGGACAAAAGGCGAGGGACUGCUGAAUGGCUCCUCUGACCCGCACCAGAGCCGGCUUGCCAGCAUCAAGGCUGAGGCGGAUAAAAUCUACAGCUUCACAGACAACGCUCCGAGCCCCUCCAUCGGUGGUGCCAGCAGGCUGGAAAAUGCCAACCCAGCCCAGCCCAUGACCCCACUGCACGUCGUGACCCAGAACGGAGCAGAAGCAAGCUCGGUGAAAACCAACAGCCCAGCCUACUCAGACAUCUCUGACGCAGGCGAGGACGGGGAGGGCAAGCUGGAAAGCAUGAAGGCAAAGGAUCCUGAGCAGCUGGUCAAGGAAGGUGCAAAGAAAGCUCUCUUCCCCCCACAACCCCAGAGCAAAGAGUCCCCUUACUACCAAGGCUUCGAAACCUACUAUUCCCCAGGCUACCCCCAGGCAAGCCCGGGGCCCUUGAACCCCAGCAGCCAGGCUGCGGCCGAGACACAGGCCUUGAAGCUGAAGAAGGAUGAGGAGCAGGAGAGCCCGGAGGUGAAGGUGAAGAGUGAGGGCUGCGAAGAGAAGAAGGCAGAGCUCGGCAGCUCCAGCCAGCAGCCCUCGGUCAUCCAGCAGCGUCCCAACAUGUACAUGCAGUCCCUCUACUACAACCAAUACGCCUACGUUCCCCCCUAUGGCUACAACGAGCAGGGCUACCACGCUCACCUGCUGAGCACCAACCCUGCCUACCGCCAGCAGUACGAGGAGCAGCAGAAGCAGCGGCAGAGCCUGGAGCAGCAGCAGCAGCGAGGGCUGGAGAAGAAAGCGGAGCUGGGCCUGAAGGAGAGGGAGGCGGCUCUCAAAGAGGAGUGGAAGCAAAAGCCACCCAUGCCCCCAACGCUUACCAAGGCCCCGAGCCUCACAGACCUUGUCAAGUCAGGGCUGAGCAAGGCCAAGGAGCAAGGAGGUGCUGACAUGGCUAAAUCUGUGAUCAUCCCCAAGCUGGAGGACUCGUCGAAGCUGUCCGGCAGCCAGGUAGCUGAGGGACUCAAGGUGAAGCUGAGUGAGGCCAGUCACCUUGGGAAAGAGAGCGCUGAGACGAAGGCUGGCUCCGAGUGUGGCCGGCAAGCAGAGGUGGACCCUGUCCUCUGGUACAGACAGGAAGCCGAGCCCCGGAUGUGGACCUACGUUUACCCCGCAAAGUACUCGGACAUCAAGACAGAGGAUGAGCGGUGGAAAGAAGAGAGGGAUCGGAAGUUGAAGGAAGAAAGAAGUCGAAGCAAAGAAGCGGUGUCCAAGGAGGACGGGAAGGAGAGCACCAGCUCCGAGUGCAAACUGACCCCCACCGAGGAGGCUCGCAUGGUGGGGAAGGACCCCAGGCCCAGUGUCCAUGUCCCCGUGUCUUCACCCCUCACGCAACAUCAGUCCUACAUCCCCUACAUGCACGGCUACUCCUACAGCCAGUCGUACGACCCCAACCACCCCAGCUACCGGGCCAUGCCCACGGUCAUGAUGCAGAAUUACCCAGGAUCAUACCUACCCUCCAGCUACUCCUUCUCCCCGUAUGGGAGCAAGGCGUCCGGGAGUGAUGACAGCGACAAGUCCCGAGCCAGUCCCAGUGUGAGCUGUAAAUCCAGCUCGGAGUCCAAGGCCCUGGACAUCCUGCAGCAGCACGCCAGCCACUACAAGAGCAAAUCGCCCACGAUAAGUGAGAAGACGUCUCAGGAGAGGGACCGCAGCGGCUGUGGGGUGGUGGGGGGCGGUGGGAGCUGUAGCAGCGUUGGCGGAGCAGGAGGUGGGGAAAGGAGCGCAGACCGGCCCCGGACCUCGCCAUCUCAGCGCCUGCUCUCGACGCAUCACCACCACCACCACCUCGGGUACUCGCUGCUGCCAGCGCAGUACAACCUGCCCUAUGCAACAGGUCUCUCCUCCACAGCCAUCGUUGCCAGCCAGCAGGGCUCCGCUCCCUCCCUAUACCCACCUCCCAGGAGGUGAGAACGGAUGUGAUGCGCUGGGAUGCCUGGGCUGUACGAGACAUGUGACUGGCUCACAUGAGGACGCGCUGGAGACUCCUUUAGACAUCAGUUGAAUGGUGUUAAUUGUUCUGCUUGACGUUCCUGCCGUAAUCCGAGGCAGACUCUGUCUUCUCCCCCGGCGGACACACACUGAAUUCCCCCUCUACACCUUUCCCUUUGGUGAGUGGGCGAGCUGGUACCUAUGGAAAUAUUUAUUCUACUGGGCACCGGCGCUCGGGAUGGAAGUGAAUCACCUGCCUGGUGCAUAUGAAGAGGAAACGGAAGCACUGAGGUUUCUCGAUGAAUUUGAAGCCCCGCCGUGUCUUUGGGAGUCACUGCUUCACGAUGGGUCUGAGCAUCACGGGACUCGGGGCGGGCAGGCGGUGCGGGCUGGGGCGCUGCCUGCCACCUGCCUCGCGCCGUGCGCUCCUCGCUCACAUUGAACCGCGAGGCGGAGCCGGAAGCGGAGGCGCAGUCUCAGGAAAGAGCAUUUUUGGCUAGUCUUAUUAGUGCUGCGUAGGCCACGCGGAGUCAAGGUGGGUGUCGGAGACGCUUGUGCGGACGGGGAAUGCCAACCCCGUGGGCUGAGUCGCUGGGCACAAACGUACGCGCUUGUGCGGCACAGAUACGUCAGCAGGUCAAGCAGUGCCCGCGAGUUCGAGUAGGCUCAUAGCCAUCCAAAAUCCUCAGUCAGCCCCCUGCGCCAGGCCUGAGGGGCCCUGCAAACAGGCAGCGGGGCGUUGCGGCGCAACGUGCCUCUGCGCCCCGCUGCUCUCCUCCGUCUCCUGCUCUGGGCUCCGCCACCCCCGUCUCUGCGCCGGGGCGAGGACUGGGCGCAAGGCAGCUCGCGUGGGAAGGAGCUGCCUGGGCAGCCUCCUCUGCUCCCGGUGCCCCGCACGGGGCGGACGCUAUUGGCCUUGUUUUGCCUGGAGCGUCCCGCAACGUGCCGGGCAGCGGGGUUGGAGGAGGCUGGGGCGGGGGGGGCUGCACUUGGCCUGGGUGAAGCAGCAGCUCCUCCUGGACGGCUUCGGGAAGCCAUUUGGAUGCGAUGGGCAGCUCCAUCUGAGGGCAAGGGGUGCUGCGGAGGUGAGGGCAGCUGCGAGGCCGAGCUGCGGGCUGUGCCCAUCACCGGCCCGCUGCCAGGAUUUCUCCCCAGUGCCUUGUACGGCCCAGACCUGACUGAAGCUCAUUUCCAAGGCUUUGGAGUUGGUUUCUGAGCUGUGACUCUGCAACCCGCCCCCCCCCCCCCCCCGCCCCCUAAGCCUGCCCUCUGCCCCCCAUGGCAAGCGCUUCCCCUGCCCCAGGGUAGCGUAAUCCUGCUCGGUAGCUAGAGCGUGGGAUGCGGCUCCCCUUCCCAUCCACCCUCGGCUUUUAGGUUGACUUCCCCAGGCCGUGGGCAGAGCUCAGCGAGGAACAAGCACACUUAGGCUCUGUCAGAGGCACGUCUCCGAGCCACGCAGGCGCCCUCCCCUCCCCAGUCCCAUGCCGGGGCUCAGGGCACCGGGUUCUUGAAGCCGGUCCUCUGGGCAGCACGCGGCCUGCUCCCGGCUGCUCCCGUGUCCCCAGCCCCUGCAGCCAGGGGCUUUCUGGUCCCCCCCCCCCCCCCCCCCCCCCCCCCCCCAGCCGGGGAGCGGCUUUUCCCGGGCCGGCUCUCUACCUCGGCCUGGAGCAGCUGGGCCGCCCCGGCUCCCCGUGCCGGUCCCCAGCGUGGGCAAGCGGUGCCGUCCCUCCCGGGCUGGGGGAGUGCGGGGCUGCCGUCGGUCCGCAGCGGGCUCUGUUGCGUGUGUGUCGCACCCGGCCCCAAGCGGCCGCUGUACCGGGAUGCUCUGCCUGCUGGGCUCUGUACAUACUGUAAAAAGCAAUUGUUUGAAAGCUGUUGUUUUGGGUUUUGUUUUCUUUCCCUGGUUUCCCCGCUUUACCCAGUUCGAAAGGAGACACUGUCUGGUCUCAGCCCCGUUUCGGCUGCAGGUAGCGCGUUGGUCCCAGCCUGCUCUCCUCACUGCCUCUUAGUUUGACUCAUCUUUCUUCCUCUCCCCAGUCUGUCUUUGCAAGGCGAUGGGCCUGGCUGCGCCGCGUGCUGCAGGGGGAGCAGGCUGGGUCCCGGCUCCCUUUGUCCUCCAGCAAGGGGUGGGAGAUGCUGAGCAGUGGCUCGACCCCGUGCACGUACAGCUCCACCCGCAGCCACCGGGCCCGGCACACGCAGGCCGUGCGGCUGCUCGGAGCCGGGGGCCGAGGCGGGCAGGCCGCCUGGGUGGCGGGGUCGGGCCGAUGGAGGAGGCUGUGUCCCGAACGCAGCCCCCUCGCUCGGUUCGGCCUGCAGAGCAGGGCUUUAAGGCUGCUCCCACCUCCAGCCUUGGCCGGUCCCACAGGUCCUGGCUCCGAGUCCAGCCCAGGGCCUGGCUCUGCGUCUCCAUGAGUGCUGCGGGCAUGGAGGGACAGCCGAAGGGAGCAGAGGUGGCCGGGGACUGCGAGGUGACAGGGGGAGCCUGGGGCUUUGCUGGCAGGUGAAGACGGGGCAUCUGCUCACCACGGUCCCAACGGAGUCUCCCUUUAGGUGUUAAGUGAAACAACAGGUUAAGCCAAAUCAGUUUGAAGUUUGACCAGUUUUCCUAUUCGGCACCUGCGCAUGGGGCAGGGUGGCUGGCUCAGAGGCCAUGCGCUGAGCCGGCUCCCCCAGCCCCAACCCUGCUGCCCCCCAGGCCCUGCAGUCCCAACCCUCUGCCCACCGGGUCCCCCAGCCCCAACUCACCGGGCUUUGCAGUCCCACUCCUCUGCCCGCGGGGCCCCGACACCCCCAAACGCCGGCCCACCGAGCCCCGCGGGCCCAGGCCCUGCCGUCCCCGAGCCCCUGCCUGCCCGGCCCCGCGAGCGGGAGGCCUGCCAGGGCGUUGAAGCGUUGAUGUUUAUAGCUCUUGUUUCCAUUGGAGUUGCUGUGUUGGGUUUCAUUUUGGUCUUCCUGAUUCUGCCCUUCUGUAAAGUGUACAUUAUUACCAAGUUCCUUGUUUUUUUUUUAUAUAUAUAUAUAUAUAAAUAUAUAUAUAUACAAACUGUACUCUUCUUGCCUUUGUACAUUUGGGCAAGGAGAGAGAAUAAAUCUUUUUAAGAGACAAUCACAAA